AUGCCAUCGUCGACGAUGCGCUUUCCAUCAGUCGGUUUUCAGGUGCUGAGUUCGCUCAUACAUCUUCUGGGUCUGACCGUUCUCACUCACUGCCUCUCUCGUCGAGUACAGCAUGAAUCCUUGACAUGGCAUGGCUUAUCGACGAUGCCUUGGCCAAGGCUGUCUGUUAUCCUUAUGUUUCUUGACUCUUGGCUCUUCCUAUUCUCAAGCGGUGUGCUACUCUUUGGAGUCGGCUUGGAGCUCUCGCCAUCAGUGUGCACAGUUGCGAUCUACCUCAACAUUCUUUUCUAUUCAACAUCGAAGUUUUUGGUGUAUGCCUUUUUGGCGGAAAAGGUUCACAUCGUCUGGUCACCAAAAGUUGGCAUCCGACGGCUCGAAUCACCCGUCUAUCUUAUCUGUAUAACAUGUGUCUCGUUCUAUUGCAUAAUUAUCACUUUCCUUUUUGCCGGUCCAGUUCACGAGUUUAACAACGACGGUGUAUGUGUUACUGGGCUUAAGAGAAUUGCGUCAAUUCCCCUUUUGGUGUACGACUUAUUUAUCAAUGUCUUCCUUACGUCUAUGUUUCUGUAUCCGCUAGUGAGCUCACAAUUGCAGAGCUCAGGACUUCGACGGUUAUCGGUCCGGACUUUCAUCGCUGCGCUUGUAUCUUUAACUACGUCGACUGUGAAUGUCGUUGUUCUGAUGUCGUUGGAUGGCAAGGAGCUUGGUUGGGUGAAUUUGGGAGCUUGUGGAGCAGACAUCAUCGUCAACGGAGUCGCAAUAUUUUGGGUAUCCAUGGGUAGUUCAAGACACAAUGAUUCUAGCGGAUUACCCGCUGAAAGAAAUCGUCGCCGCGAAAUUCCAUGUCAUAAUGAAGGGCUUGACACUAUUUCACUCGCGGCCAGAAGUCCAUCUUCAGUGCGACAGGAAGCUGCUAGCGUUCCAUGCGUGUCUUUGCAAUAUUUCCCUGGCGGACAGGGACCAUCGGCUCUGGAAGAAAUCAAAACGAAACGCCGUGAUAAUUGGCUUACUUCCCUUUUCGUCCAAGCUCAGACUCAACGACAACAGUCGUCAGUCAUGGCCUCGGAUAGUUUUGAACGACAGCCCACGCGGGUUGAGCUGCCGAUUCAGAUGCGAAUGGACUCUGCUUCUGAAUUCGAGGAUGAUCUCCCUCCCAAGUCGAUAUCUCGAUAA